CAGAGCUCCAUCUGCCUUUUUCUCCUGAGUGCUCAGAUUAAAAGUGUGCACCACAACUGCCCAGCUAUUGUUAAAGUUUUUUCAGUUAAAAUAUCAGUUCUUCCUCUUUUCUUUCCUUUCUUUCUUGUGAGAUAGCACCUCACUAUGCAGCAGUGGGUGUCCUGUGUAGAGGAGGUUUCUGCCUCCCAAGGUGUAUAGGUAAAUUGUUAAUUUUUAAUCCAAUAAAAAUAGUUUAUACGUCUCUUUUGUAUAAUUAUAUAUUUACAAUCUAUCCCUUUCAUUUGAAGGAGAACAGACCGUUGCUGUUCUACUGUGGUCACUAGCCAGGAGCCGGUAACAUCAACUAAUGGGCUAAGUGUUAUCAUACCAAGCUAUAUUUGGAGUUAAAUGUGUUUUCUGGUUUUGCAGCCAACUGUACUCGUUUUGGCACUGGGAAGAAACUCAGAAGCUUGGGAGACUUGAAGAUUAGAUGGGGUGUGACCGAUGUUGGGUAUCCCUCAGCUUUCGAAGAUCCCCCAUUGAACAGAGAAGAUGACUGCAGAAUUGAAAAAGAUCGUGGGGCGAGCCUCUUGGGGCCCAGUGAAGGUGAAAAAGGAAGAGGAUGAGCAUGGAACUAUGAGUCCGGCAUCCAGUCAGCAAGUGUACUCUGACAAUGUCAAGGCCUGGGGCCCUGGGGCAGGUCCUUAUUUAAGCAUCAAUGUAUCAGAAGAGGAGGAAAAGGGUCAGAAAAUGUUCUGGGACAUGGCACUGGUCCUAAAAGCAACACAGGAGGCUGCUGCUGCUGCUGUACCCCUUGGGAGCUACUCAUUACCAGGGACUCUGGCCAAGAGUGAAAUCCUGGAGCCUCAUGGGAACCCAGCCCCGCUAGAUACUGACACCAAGAACCUACAACUACUGGAUCCUAAGACAGAGAUACAUGAUGAAGCAGAAGAGCCUCUCCUGAUUUUAGGAAGAAUCCAAAAAGGUGACCUUCAAGGACCUGAGCUAGGAGAAUCUUGUGAAAAGGGAAAUGUAUUAAAAAGGCAGAAAAUAAAGCGGGAAAAAAGAGAUACCAGAAAAGUGACAGUGAAAGAAAGCUUCAGAGAAGACGAAGACCUGAAGUCUGAGAAGUCUAAGAAGAAAUACAGCCUUAGUUCUGGGCCAGCUAAAAAUCAGAAAAUACAACCUGGGGAAAAGCCUUUUACGUGUAGUGAGUGUGGGAAAGGCUUUAGUCAGAGUGCAAACCUUGUUGUACAUCAGCGAAUCCACACCGGGGAGAAACCCUUUGAGUGUCAUGAGUGUGGGAAAGCCUUCAUUCAGAGUGCAAACCUUGUUGUGCAUCAGAGGAUCCACACUGGACAGAAACCCUAUGUUUGUGCAAAAUGUGGGAAGGCUUUCACUCAGAGUUCAAAUCUGACUGUACAUCAAAAAAUCCACUCCUUAGAAAAAACCUUUAAGUGUGGUGAAUGUGAGAAAGCCUUCAGUUACAGUUCGCAACUUGCUCGGCACCAGAAAGUCCAUAUAACUGAGAAAUGCUAUGAAUGCAGCGAGUGUGGGAAAGCCUUCACUAGAAGCUCCAACCUCAUUGUCCACCAGAGGAUCCACACUGGGGAGAAGCCUUUCGCCUGUAACGACUGUGGCAAAGCCUUUACCCAGAGUGCAAAUCUCAUUGUACACCAGCGAAGCCAUACUGGUGAGAAGCCAUACGAGUGUAAAGAUUGUGGGAAAGCCUUUAGUUGUUUUUCUCACCUCAUUGUGCAUCAGAGAAUUCACACUGCAGAGAAGCCUUAUGACUGCAGUGAGUGUGGAAAAGCCUUCAGUCAGCUCUCCUGCCUUAUUGUCCACCAGAGGAUUCACAGUGGGGACCUUCCUUAUGUAUGUAGUGAGUGUGGGAAGGCCUUCACUUGUAGCUCAUACCUACUCAUUCAUCAAAGAAUCCAUAAUGGGGAAAAACCUUAUACCUGUAACCAAUGUGGUAAGGCCUUCAGACAGCGCUCGAGCCUCACUGUCCACCAGCGAACUCACACAGGGGAGAAGCCCUAUGAAUGCGCAAAGUGUGGUGCAGCGUUCAUUUCUAACUCACACCUCAUGCGACACCACAGAACCCAUCUUGUUGAGUAGCAACAGGGUGUUUCCUUGAUGUUGGUCAUAACCUACUGCUCCCGAUAGUAGGCACCUCUGUUCUGCUUUAUUCUUCCAUUGUUAAAACAAAGUCUAUACACUUUAAAGUUAUUUUCUGUAAUGGAAGGUAAACACAAGCAUUUCAGAGGCUAAUUUAAAGAGAAUAAAAAAACAUCUAAAAGCCAAAGACUUUAACUGUA